AAUUGUGUCCACUUUUUCCAAAAAAUGUGCAUUAUAAGUUUUUGUUGAAUUCUUUGAUCAAAACUACUAGAAAAUUAGUUUGCGUAUAACUUAAAUCGUCCUCCAGUAUCGUUCUAUUGCUUACACUCAUCGAUCAACAUGAAUUUAUUACAGAAACAGUUGAUUUCCGGAAGUGGAGUUUUCAUCCGAGGAGGUACUCGACGAUUAGAACUACUGAGUGCUUUCUCCACCAAACCUGAGCCGCUUCCAGCGGCCACCCAAUCGUCCCCACGUGUCCCCAGUUCAUCCGGGACACCUACGUCGAGUGGUGCCGAAAGGAAGAGUAUCAUUCCGCCGGACUACCGAUUCGUGUAUCAAGAGUUUCUGCCGGAUCCUAAAAUUGAAUGGCGCAAUCCCAUUCGGGAGAAGCUGGAACGCAUGGACAUGAUCGACCGGAGAUCGAACAUCGAUGUUCCGGAAUUCUACGUCGGUUCGGUGGUGGCGGUCACAAGUUCAGACAUUCACGCUGUCGGUAAGACGUCCCGCUUCCUUGGCAUUUGUAUCAUGCGCGAAAAGUGUGGCCUGAGAGCGCGUUUCAUACUGCGGAACGUAAUCGACAACCAGGGCAUAGAGGUUAGCUACGAUCUGUACGACCCGACACUGCUGAAAAUUGAAGUUCUCCGACUGGAAAAGCGUGUCGACGAGCAUUUGUUGUAUCUGCGGGAUGCGCUCGAUGAGUACAGCACCUUCGAUUUGAAUAUGGAACCGGAAACCUUACCGGAGGGCAGUUCUGUUCCGGUGAACGAUAUCAAGGUGGUGUUGAAACCUCGCCCCUGGUAUGAUCGUUGGGAGCGUCACAACCUGCAGGGCGUGGCCAACGUCGAUGAACACACGAACGAGAAGAAACGCCUGAAGGCUGAGAGGUUGGCUACGCCAUGGGAGAAGUACGAUCUUAUGAAAGAGUAUCGCCGCACGAUUCCGGAGGAAGAACAGAAGGAAAUCUUCGCCGAGGUGUACAGCCAGCUGCAUCAGCUGGAACUGACACGACAGAAGCUGAAGCGGAAACGGACGUUCGUCAAGCCGACGAAGCUGGCUUAAGGAUGAUGGUUUGUAGUUAUGGUUAUGUUAAUCGAUAUACCAAAUGUGUGGAGAUAGAUUUUAGUAAAUGUGGUUAACUGAC